AUGGAAAGGAACGUAAGGUUGAGUUUUCUGAAACCCUCAGCCAGUCUUGGAGUAAUAGCAAAUACCAAAAUCAAGGUAUUCCAGCAAGGUAGGAAGUUGUUACAGGAGAUUUUUCUAACAAAUUUUGCUAGUUUAAGCAGACAUGUUAAGUUCCAUGAUGGGAAAAUGUACGGUUCUAGUUAUGAGAUAGUGAAUGUGGUGGGAAAAAGCUAUCAAGCAGUUGGGUAUUGGACAUACAAUUCCUCCAAGUUGUUCAUAAUUCCAUCCUUCGGUAAAGAGGGGCUUCGAUUAGUGAUUUGGCCUAGUGGGAUUUCCACGAAGAUAGCAGUACCUGCUACUGGAUGGGAGCAAUUUGUGAAUGUCUGGUUUAAACCAGAAAGUAAUGAGACUACAUUGAGUGGGUUCGUCAUUGAUGUAUUUGAUGCUGUUCUGAAAAGGCUUGACUAUCCACUGCUCUAUGAUUUCACUCCUCUUUCUUGGAAAAAUGAUUCUUUUAAUGAACUCGUCCGUCAAGUGCAUCUUAAGAGUACUAGAGAGUUGCCAAUUUCGUAUGUACUUUUUCGUGUGCAGAACUACGACGCAGUUGUCGUCAUCGUAGCUCGCACGGCCACAACGGAGGAAGUUAACAACGGCUGCACAUUCUUACAGCCAUUUACUCCAGCACCGUGGGCUAUCACGGCGGUGUUUAUUUUAUACACAGGACUAGUGGUGUGGUUGCUCGAGCAUAAAAUAAAUCCGUACUUCAGAGGAAGUUCCACUAACCAAGUGGUCACUCUGCUCUGGUUUGCUUUUUCUGCUGUGUUUUACUCUCACCAGGAGAGAAUCCGUAACAGUUUGAGUAGAAUAGUUGUUGUAGUGUGGCUGUUUGUAGCGUUCAUUUUAACAUCCAGCUAUACAGCUAAUCUGGCUUCAAGAUUGACAGCCGAGCAAAUUACGCCACUGAUUAAUGGUUUAGGAAACUAUAAAGUGGGCUAUCACGGUUCAUAUGUUGGUAGUUUUCUAAGAGACAAUUUGGGAAUAGCCAAAAAACAACUGGACCCAACUUUAUCUCCACUGGCGUUUGAGCAAGCUUUGUCAAAAGGGGCAAAGAAUGGAGAUGUUGAUGCGAUUUUAGAUGAAGUCCCAUAUGUUCGUGCAUUCCUUUCGGGCAGAUGCGGUUAUUCAAUUGUGGGGCGCAGGUACCCGAAUGGAGGCUUUGGUUUUGUUUUUCUUAAAGCUUUUCCUCUAGUGCAAGAUAUUUUUUGGGCGAUUUUAAACCUUUCAGAUAGUGGUGAGAUUCAUGAGAUUGAAGACAAAUAUUUCAAAGGCUAUACAAUUUCACCAAAGCUACAACCACUUUAG